GAACGGUAUACAAACAAUAGUUCCUAUUUAUCGUUAUUGUGAAGCUGAUAACGAUUUGACAAGCUGUUAAUUUCUGACAUUUUUAGCACGUUGCUGAUCGAUUUCAAUGCUCUCAUACUUAAACGUAUUUUUAACUGUAUAUCCAGAAAAAAGCUCAUAUUUUGUGUGUAUCCUUAUCCGAGUUGAGCACAUUACCAGGAAAAUGUCUUCCAUCUUCGAGCGCUACCAGAAGGGAACAUCGUUCACCAACUGGUCCGAGCGGCUGGGCUAUUUUUUCGAUGCCAUCGAAUUGAUUGACUCCGAGAUGAAAAAAGCCUAUCUAAUAACGCUGCUGGAUGCGGCGAUAUUCAGUGAACUGAAGUUGCUGGUCUCCAACCGAGAUCUGAAACUGGUUCCGUACGAGGAAAUAGUCCAACAGCUGCGAGAUCGAUACGAUCAAAAAGAGUGUGACUUCAUUCAGCGAUACAAAUUCAACAAUCGCAUCCAACAGCCAACGGAAACGGUGCAGGAUUUUAUCUCCGCCAUCAAGGUCCAGUCCGAGCUCUGUGGUUUCGGCAAUUUCAAACAUUCUGCGAUCGUGGAUCGUGUGGUAAUCGGAAUUCGCGACAAAGUUCUCCAGCGACGGCUUCUGUGCGAAGAAGAACUUACGCUGAAAUCGAUGGAAAAGAUCAUAGCCACGUGGGAACUGGUUAGACCGAAUCAGGUCGAGAAGCGACCCGUCAAAGAGAGACUUGGAAUUUUGCCAAUCAGUACAACGUCAGGGACAUAUUUUGAAGGUGCUCAACGUAAGCACAAAACGGGAUAUUCAAACUCGAUCUGUGGCUUCUGUGGUAAACUAGGCCACGUUACAAGGCGGUGCUUUGAGUUGAAUCGUUUGAAGGAAGAAAAAAUGGUGGAUGUUGGCGCCGAAAUGAGAACACCUAUCACUCAAGCCAACGACGAUGACAGUUAUAAUUGGAAACGUUUGAAGAAAAUUCAUUGAAAAAAGGUUUCAACCGUUUAAACGGUUGAUUGACUUUAAUUUAUUUUAUUGUUAUCAAUGUAUUGUGAAUUUAAUUGGUAGAAUAAAUGAUUUUACUA